CAUUUUAAAAAAUAAAAAAAUUAUAAUUUACAUGUGAAAAAAAAGAAUACUGAAAACUCGAACGCAAGUUUAAAUUCCGAAAAAUUAAUGCGCUCCAACGCCCAAAACGCUGCUACACUUACGAAGCUGCGCUCCUAAUUACUCCGAAAAAGGGAGUUAUACUCUUGUGCUCUACACGCAAGUUUUAUUUAUGUAUGUGUAUGUAAAAAGCAUAAAUAUAUGCAACUGUGUACAAUACUUUUAAACUCAACUCAUAACAAGUCAGUGUAGUUGUGUUAACACAAUAACAAGUCAUAAAAGCGUGUUGGCGGGAAUUCCAAACAAAAAAAGAAAAAAUAAAAAAGUAAAAAACUGAAAACAAAUUAAACAAAAGCACAUAAAAUCAGUUUCAAGCAAGACAAAGGAAACUAAAUGAAAAUUCAAAAGAAAAACCAUUUGAAACAAUAACAAAAGCCAUCAAACAUCCACAAGUAGAUAUUGAACCAACCGGCUUUUCUCUGCGCUGUCGACAAACAUUAAAGCAUCCCGUCCGUCACUCAACCAUCCAGCCUGCCAGUAAGCGCCAGCCAGCCAUUCAUUCAUUUAUGCACUCACUCACUCACUCACUCACUCACUCACGCACGCACUCACUCAGUCAUACAUUAAUCCAGCAUCCAUUCGUCCAUUAACUUCACUCGCAGCUAUUUCCUACCCAUCAAUCUAUCAGCGAUAGUUAUACAAUAGCAGCAGAAAGCAUCACUCAACGCGAAGUUUUAACACAGACACAGAGCCGUAAAUAAGCAAAAACAAAACGCAAGCAAGCAGGACUGCGUAAAUUGUCAAACCGUUACUUUCUCUCACUCAACUCGCUACCGCGUGUAAAUCUUCAAAAUUCCUUGCUGCAGUAUGGAUACGAAUUCUGUGAGUCCAUUGCCGCCACCAGAAGCACCACUCGCUAUGAUGGAAGUUGAAAAAACGCCACCCGGGACACCAACAACAAAUGAUAUGCCACCACCACCGGAUGAAGAAAAACGCUAUGAGGAGGAUUCGGAGAAUGACUGGAAUUGUGGUUCGUGGUUUGAGUAUUUGCUCAUUGUCAUACUCUCGACCAUUUUGUUGGUGGGCGUGUUGGUGCUCACACUCUUUUGGAUAUUAUUCUAUCGCGAUGGUUUCGCUUGGUCCGAUGAUCCAAAAUUGCAAUUCAACUUGCAUCCCACACUCAUGGUGGCGGGCUUCAUAACGCUGUCGGGAUUUUCGAUUCUACUGUACCGCCUUUGUCGUUGCUUGAAACACAUUUACGUUAAGCUGAUUCAUAUGUUCUUUCACGCCUGCGCCAUACCGUGUGUGGCUUUGGGAUUUCUGUCCGUCUUCGAUUCGCAUAAUUUGUCGGAUCCGCCUAAAGUGAAUUUCUACAGCAUGCAUUCGUGGUUGGGUUUUGUCACCAUGGGAAUGUUUGUAUUGCAGUUCGUUGUUGGAUUCUUCAGCUUCUUGGUGUUGCUCUGCUGUGAGAAUCGCACCUACAAAUGUCGCAGCAUUAUGGUUCCAAUUCAUGCCAGCUUCGGUUUGGUGAAUUUCAUGUUGGCAAUAGCCACUUGUAUUACCGGCCUGGUGGAGUACGAGCGUCAGGAUGCGGGAAAUCCUGUUCUGAGCUCCCGUAACUCGGAAAUCGAACAUUACAUCAUCAACUCGCUGGGCAUCGUGUUGGUCGCCAUUGGUAUUAUUGUCUCGGUUGCUGUACGAAGAUCGAAUGCUCCAGCCACUGCCAAAGUCUACGUCACUGAACGUUGUUAAAUAAAUUAAUUAUAUAUAUAUGUAGUUUAAACAAAACAAAACUCAAACAUACAUAUUUUUGAAGAAG